UAAAAAAGUUAUAAUUAUCAUCAGGGCCGGCUCAACAUUGUUAGGAGCCCUACGGAAAAAUUUAUUUUUACCCUCUAAAAUUUAUAUUAAAUAAUAUUUAAUAUAUUUUUAAAAUUUAAUCAGUAAUAUUUUAUAUAUUUUGUAAUGAAAAUAAAACUAUAUAUAUAUCAACUAAUUUUGGGGACCUUUUAGUUUUUUUUUUUAUAAUUUUUUAUAUAUAAAAAUAUAGAUUUAUAAAAAAAUUAGACCCCUUAAUUAUUAUUAUACAUGGAAACACGGGCUUGGGUCCGGAGCAGUCGCACCACUUGUCCUCCCUUGUUAGUCGGCCCUGAUUAUCACAAAUGUGUUCUCUUCCUUUCAUGUAAUACUUUUAUAUAAGUAAUAAUGUGAAUAUAAUUUAUCAAAUCAUGUGUUAGAAUAAUAAUUAUAUUAGUUUAUAUAUUUAAAGCUUUAAAUAUAAUCAAAAUAUAUAUGUAUUUAUAUAUUGUCGGAUCGGAUCGGAUAUCCGCUUUCCAAAGAAAUAAUAUUUGUGAUUUGCUUCAAUUUUAACAAAUAUUGAUUUUUAGUAUUUGCUAAGCUUCGAAAGUUUAUGGAUAUCCAAAAAUGAUCGAAUCAGAAUGAAUCACGAAUCGAAUCAAAUUUAACGGAUAAAAUGUUCAGCCCUUGUUUUGUCCCAUUCGAGUUCAGAUUAAAAAUAAAAAUAAUGAAAACAAGAUGGCAAUUUCGUAAUUUGCCAGUCUGUUUUGAAAACAAUGAUUUGAUUCUCUCGUACACCAUCGCCUAUUGAUCCACGUGGCAAACAAGAUGGCAAUUUCGUAAUUUGUUGAGAUCGUCAGUCACACUCACACACGCACGCAAAAGGUAAUAUCUGUGAGUGACGGCCUAAACUACUUUUUGAUUAUAUAUAAAGAAGCACGCAGGUCGAGAGUAGAGUGAGAACAAAAUAUUCACAAAUAUGGAUCAAGAGGUAGAUGCUGUAAACGCACAGAUUGCAGGGGAAAACAGGAUGCCAGGGAUCCGAAAUCUUCAAACUAAUCACAGCCAUCAUCCUAGGGUUGGACUCAUCAUCCAGGAAUCCUUGACCCGCUGGCUCACUGGCCCGGAGAUCUACAGGAUUCUCAGGCGUAGACGAUCCUUGACAGUCUCCAGCGACGAAAAUCCACACCAUGGGGUCAUCGGCCUGUACCUAUUCUACUGUCCACGCUUUUACAAUUACACGAAUGGGUUACACGACACGCGCACUUUCCAACACAGCCAUCGCGGGCACACUAUCCGUGUCACCCAGUCACGCCCUGCCAUUCCCCCAGCUCCGACUUACUGCCGCAGGAUGUACCGGUGCAGCACAAGGUACGGUCGGUUUCUCCUGGUUCACUACCGCAAUGAGUAGGAGGAGCUCGUGAUCUCAUCUCCCACGUCCACGUCUAUCAUCAUCAUCUCUUCUCCCACGUCCACGUCUCUCAUUUUCUAUUAUCAAACUUAUACCUAUGCAUAUGUUAUUUUAUCUCAUUUUCUAUGUAUUUCAGUUUCGGGAUCUAUUAUCAAACUUAUACCUAUGCGCAUAUGUUAUUUUAUCUUUGGUUACUAUUAUGAAAUGAUAAACAUCCUUGUUAUGUCA